AUGACGGUUGUGACUCAACAGCAGGAGUGUCCACGGCAGUCUGACGAGACGGCAAGUGGCGAUAGCGUGGAUGUGCGCAACGCCCAGCCAGACCUGGAGGGGGCAUUUAAGGAGGUGGUGACGCGUUCUCUGGACGAGAUUCUUCAGAAGCGGCCGAAGGACCCUAUUCGGCUCCUUGCCGAUCGUCUGCUGGAAAAGAGUGACAGCCACGAAGUUGAACAACACGAGUGCCUGGUGGGAAACGCCAUCCGUUGCACACUGAAAAAGGCAUGCACGCGAAAAAAGGGGGCUGAUUUGUGUCAAGUCCCUGGUCUGCCGUUGCUGCAACUCACUGUGCCCACCGCAUUCGAGCUUGAUGCAGCGCUGCGACACCUUGAGACACUCACACCUUCCAACACGAAGGUUAUCAUAUUUGUUGAGCCGCCCAACCCACCAACGGAUCUUUUCUUUGUGAAGGGCGUGCCUUACUUUACGGAUAUCACGGAAAAACUUCUUCUUCAGCGCCGCCGUGGGGCAACAGAUGACAUAUUGCUCGAUGAAGGUGACGAUGUGCGUGUGGGAUCCUCUAAAAAAAUGACAUCUCUUCUUCAAAAGGCGCUUCUUUUGGACGUCAAGACCCUGCAGGAGGAGUUGGCCGAUUUAGCCACUCCCCUCUCACGAUUCUGCAUCGUUCAGUUACCAGAGGUUCAGAGUAACUUUUUGGAGGUGUUUGAUAUUAUUGAUAAAGCCUUUGGCGUGCGGAAGCACUACUGGAACGUACGGACCACCGCUCCUGCAGAGGUUCCGUCUGCUCUUCUUGCGUCAUUUAACCCAAGGAUGUCCAACAUGACCUUUUCGAGAAUCAUCGCGGCCAUAUUACCCUUAUAUGAACAACUGCAGCGCCGCAAGAUUGC